GGUGGCCCCGCCCCCCGCCGCGCCUGGGCCGAGGCGAGCGGAGCCGCGGGCGCUGCGGGCGGACAAGAUGGCGGCGCCGGGCGAGUACUUCAGCGUGGGCAGCCAGGUGUCCUGCCGCACCUGCCAGGAGCAGCGCCUCCAGGGCGAGGUCGUCGCCUUCGACUACCCCAGCAAGAUGCUGGCGCUCAAAUGCCCUUCUUCCAGUGGGAAGCCCAACCACGCAGACAUCCUGCUCGUAAACUUACAGUAUGUGUCAGAAGUGGAAAUAAUCAAUGACCACACGGAAACGCCUCCCCCCUUAGCUUCCCUCAACGUCAGCAAGGUAGGGGGGCACUGGGAAUUCCUUCCUCCUGCUGGGAUCGGGGGGCAGAUUGGGUGCUGAAACUCACCUGCUUCCAUCGCAACUGCCCAUAGUUCUGUUUUGGGUCUGGGUUUGGGGAUUUGGGGUCUGGGUUUGGGGAUUUGGGUU